CUGAGUUACAUCAAAAUUUACGAUCGACAGCUGAUUGGACGUAAACGGAACGUAGAAUUUUGACAGUAUUCUUCAGGCCGAUUGAUUUGUCGAUUAUUGUUUCGAUGUAUUAUUUUAAUUAAUUAUUUUUCUCGAUAUUCUAGAAUGAAAAUAUAAAAACGAGUGAUUGAAAUUGUUUGGAUUCCAUUGAAAAGUUUUGGCUUCUGCUUAAAAUGGGUGUAUGAAUGAGUCCAAGGCACCGGUUGCAAAAAUGUCUGUCCCUGACGAUCAGGACGAUUUCAUAUUUCGUCCGCAGCAGCAUUUAGAUGCAAAGUGGUUAAAUCCAGAUUUUCAAGAAGCUCUUCAUAAUCCCGAUGCCUUGUGUACUCUGUUCAAUAGCCUCUUGCAAGAUAGAGAAAUUUAUUUUGACGCCGGAAAUGGUCUCGUAAAUGGUGCUGGAAUUACUGCUAAACUUGGUGAUAGUGGAAAAUAUUAUUGUGGUCUUAGGAUAUUGACUUGCACAUGCUGUGAUGGACUGUGUGGUCCACACUCAGGGUGUGCUUGUCCAUCCUGUAGUGCUUUGUCAGCUGAGGAGGAACUAAGAAUCUCAAUCCAAUCCAAAGUAGUGGCACCAUCACCAUCACAUCAGAUUAUUGAUGAUCUAAAAUGGAAACAAGAUCCAGGUCCAGAAUGCUUGCAAAGUUUAAUGGAGUCCCUAGUAUGGGAGCAGCGUGUUAGAGCUAUCAACACUGCAGUCAGCUGUCCAUUUAUAUCUCAAAUCCGUCGUUUAAUAGUGCUGUGCAAUAGACACCUUGUAGCUGUUAUUAGAGAUCAAAGUCAGAACAAAGAAGUAAAGAAAGUGAAACUAGAUAAGAAGCCACCGCAUGCAGUUAGCAAUAGGGCUUUAAGCAAUGUUGUGGCCACUUUGAACAAGCCAGGAGAUGUCAGUACUGAGGCCCAGGAUGAAGUUGAGGAACAUACUGAUGACUCUGAAAGUGCCAUCGGUCUAGCCCGCGUCGGCGCCCGCGCAGCUCUCCGCCUAGCUCUCUCCCUCGUCCGCCGCGCGUGGCGUUGCGGUGAAGACGCCGAUGUAUGUUCCGCGUUACUCCGCGACGCCCUGGACGCUGUUCGAGCGCUACCCGACGCUGGCUUGUUCGCUGGCGCGGGUACUACACAUGCGCCCCGAUCGCAGAAGAUAUGGGCUGAGGUAGUCGAUAGUGCGGCGAAGUUUUUGCAUCAGGUUGUGAUUGGGGAAGUAGGUUGUAACGUCCCGCAAGGAGAUUGGCGAACAUCUCUCUGUGUUUGGGUCGAGCUGUGUGCCAGGAGAGCUGAACUUCCCGCAUUGCUGAAAGCUGCCGAUGUUCUAGUCACUUUACCUCCUAAGCAGAAACGACAGCCGGAUAAUAGAAUAACCUUAGAAGAAUGCACUGCACCGUUAGGUCCAUUUUUAAGACGAAUGGCUAAAGUCCCUGCGCCUAAUCCUAUCAACGCUAGCGAAUCAAGUGACAGUAAUGCUACAGAGAAAUUCCUCAAGGAUUUGACCAUACCUAGUGGCGAUGGAUUGAUGGGUGUAAGGAAAGCUGGUAUCGCACUGCUCUGUCACCUAGACAGACUAGGAGCGCCAUUGUUGCCACCUUUAAAAGGGUUUGUCACAUGUACAGAAUCAGCUCAAGAAGUAGUAUCAGUGGGUGCCGGUCCUAUUCAUAUGGGAACCCUAAGGAUUCAACAAAUAGCCUGUGCUGAGAAAAUUGCCUUACUUCUGACACAAGAUGGCGUUAUUUACAGUCUACCAUAUGACUCAACAACACCACAGCUAGUUCCAGGUCUGGAGAGUAAGACUAUUAUCCAGGUGUCGUGUCACCCGGCGGGGCGGCACUUCCUGUGUUGCUCGGCGUGCGGGGGCUCGUGGUCGUGGGGCUCCGGCGAGGACGGCCGCCUCGGCCACGGCGACACCGCGCCCCGGGACGCGCCCGCGCACUUACAUCACCUCGCACAUCAUGAGGUGGUGCGAGUAUCUGCGGGGGCAACUUGUAGUGCUGUGAUUACAUCUCGAGGCGCCCUCUACACGUGGGGUCGUGGUCUACAAGGCCGUCUCGGUCACGGCACCAUCGAGAACUGUCUCACGCCGCAACCUGUUUCCUUUAACGCACAUAACAUCGAACGCGUCAUCGAUGUCGCGUUAGGUUGGGGUGAAUCCCAAACCCUAUGCUGUACAUGGGAAGGCGCAGUGCAAGUGUUUGGCGACACCGAGGGUGGUGUUCCGCGGACCCUUACAACCUUAUCGUGUUUACGUAUAACUCGCGUCUACACCGGCGAACAUUGGCAUGCCGCCCUUACUGACACUGGACAAGUGUACACAUGGGGUAAAGGAGAAGGUUAUCGGUUAGGUCAUGGCAAUACAGAAUGCGUUAAAGCUCCUAAACUAUUGGAAGCGCUACAAGGUGUAAGAGUGGUAGAUCUCAGUCUAGGCGCGGCUCACGGCGUUGCGUUGACAGCAGAGGGCGCUUUGUACGCGUGGGGCACACACGAACGCGCUCAGAUCACUCGCCAAGAGCCGCAGUUGUUACAAGUACUCAACCCAUCGUUUAAAGCCAAUGGUGUUUCAAGCGGUCCAGGACAUAUAAUAGUGUGGAGUGAAGAGAGCCCAAGAGAUUUACCGUCUUCCAUGCCCUUUGUCAUUGAUUUAUCUGAUAAUACUUUCAAACUUUUGGAGAGAUUGUUAAGAAUAGUCGUGGAACAAAGCAGUACGGCAACAAUAUCGGAAGUUGAAUGCAUGGCUAUAUCCUGUUUGAAUUUAUUGAGGCUACAAGUGCAAGCCUGGCAAUGCUCUCGUGGCCCAGAGCCAGAAGAAUGUGAGACUGAAGCCCGUUCGUGGUGUAACGGGGUCCACACGGCCCUGGUCUCGCUGGUGGAGGGUCGCGCGGGCGCCAACGCGGCGGCCGCGGCGAGGCGCGCCCUGGCCGCCGCCUGGCCGCUGCUGCUGCCCACGCCGCAAGUGCGGGCGCAUCAUCUCAUCACGUUACUGCCGCAAGGUUCAGUACCAGCGAGUGCAGGCGCACGAUUCAUGACGGAACUCCUGGUGUGGUCGUUACUCGGCGGCGGCGGGCUGCGGGACGCGCUCAAGAAUGCCCUGCAGGCGCACUCGACUGAUGCGUACAAUCAUUUGCUGCUUGAUGUAGAUUAUGAUCAAGUCGAUAUAAUAACGGGACAACGUGGACCGCCGCCUAAAACAUCUGAUGACCCUGAAAGUGUGACAGGUUGUACUGAAGAAUACCAACUAAGUAAUGCAGCAGCUACAGAUAAAGGAGCUUCCGUCCCACUUAUGCAUUUGGUUAUGCAUUUGAUUCGCAACACAUCAUGCCAAACACAGAUGCAUAUAAACGCUAUCAUGCACGGCGAUACAAGCAAGACUGACGAUCCAAAGAGCCACGAUACCGUGAGCCCUAGCUGUGAUUUACUUAUACGGUUUCAAAGGUUACUAUUCUGCGAGGCGAUGUGGACGCGCGGCGGCCGCAGUACUCGCGGCGGCGUGCGAGUAUUACUCACGCAGUACAUAGAGUUGCUCGCCGAACACGUUCAGUCGACGCUCGGCUCCUUCUCAAGGGCGGUGCAUCGAGCUGAUAACACGCAGCUCGUGUCGCUCUGUGAUCUCAUUACAGCUGAUAUUGUUGGUCGUGUAGUAAGUGAGCUAGGGGCGUGGCUAUGCGCGUGCGCAUCCCGUUCUCCUAUCGUCCUGGCCGACUCUACCAGCUCUCUAGUCAAGAUAGCCCGCGCGUGUGAUGACGCGGCCAAGUCUCUGCCGUCCGCCGCCAAGCUUGAUGCAGACCUGCUCGGCUGGCCUGGACUCCUAUCGAGGAAGCAUCAAUUGAAAAACAGUAUUAUUCGCAAAUGUGAUAUCCAAAACCAUACUAAGGAAGGUGGAUCGUGGGUGAUAAUAGCAGGUCACGUGUUCGACGUAGAGAACUUCGAGUGCGACAACGCGAGUACAGUGGAAGCGAUACGGAAGCUUCGCGGAUGCGAUGCGACCGCCACUAUGAGUAUAGAACCACACGCCGCUUACCUGUCGCAGGUCACUGAGAAAUGCGUGGGAAUGUAUGCUGAUCAGAUAUAUAGUUUUAUGUGCCAGGAAAGUGCAUCAAGUCUCCGCACCUACCACAUAUUAUCGACGUGCGCGUUCAACGUGGCCUUAGGUCUGACGCAGUGCGGGUCUCGCCUCGCGCGCUCUCUGCCUGUACAACAGGCUGAACGUGAUGCUGCGCCUUAUGCUACUGCUAUGUUCUUGAGAGGAGGGUUACAGGACUCGCAACUAACAAACCCCUUCGACGAGGAGAAGGCGGAAGCCCGCAGUGGUUCGUCAACUGGCGGCAACAGUCCCGCAGGCGACGUCCCGCUCCCGUCCCGCACGGUGCGGCCGCCGCGCCCGCCGCCGCGCGUCAAUGUGGCGCAGGCGCCCGCCAGGGCCGAGGCACUGUUAUACGCACUUGCCGAGUCCAAGUUACAUGAUCCACUAGCACUACACCUAUGGUGGGCGUGCGAGAGGCGCGAAGGUUGCGCGCCACACUUUCCCCCGGAACAUCCUCUAGAGGAACUGCGGAGAGCGUUGCUAGCAGCUCUAUUAUACCACGCUGGAUUGAAAGAACAUGCUCUCGCUACUGCCAUGGCUGAAAUGGAGAAAGGUGAAGUGAAACUGUCGCCAGCGAUGUCUGAAAUAGUGAAGGCAGUCCAGCAAAGUAAAUGGACUCUAAUGCGAACUAGACAACAGCUCUCUCGUGGUUAUAAAGAGGUGUGUGCUGCACCUUUGGAAAGGGCAAGGUUCUUAUUACACGACGUUCGUGCGGCGAUUUCGCCAGCCGUGUCCUCGUUGUCUGCACGACCACCGGCUCAUCAGCCACCCACAGCCAAGAAAAUAUUCCAGAAAGUUAUGCGAGCGGCUAAGACUCCUGGUUUCAAUAAAUGUUUUGAAACCACAAAAGAUCUCAGAAAUAGACAGAACAGUCUAAGCAAAAGUAUGUUCAAAGCAACAGGCAGCUUACUACAGGGCGACGCUCUCCUUAUAAAGUCAACUAUAGGACAAACUUCCAAAACUCCAGAUGAUGCCCCAAGCAUAAUCAUUGAACACACUAAAGGGCGCAACGAGACAUCCGUCGUCACCUCCAAAGAUACACAUAACAGAUCCAAAGUUACCUUAAAAGUUAAAGAUAAGCCUUUAGAGAAAGAUUUAAAGAACGCGUCGAAUAACGAUGACAUGAAAAAUGAUGGCCGCGGUGACAGAGACAAGGAAGAUGGUCCAGAUAAAGAGUAUGAUGAUAAGACACCGACAAACGAGAUGUCCAUCAGCUCGAUUAACGAUAUAACCGACAACUCGAUUCUAAAAGAAUCGAUCGAAAGUGAAAAGCAAGUGAUGAUGCUGGCUGAUGAUCUGAAGACUGAUUUGAUUAUGGCUGAUGAGGAGAAAGAUGAUGAUAAUUCGGAAAGGAAUAAGUUUGUCAAUGCGUGGGUUUUCUAG